UAUUUAGUCAGACGAGCCGAGGAGGAGAGCCAGCAUCAUCAGCAUCAGCAUCAUCAGCAUCAGCAUCAUCAGCAGCAGCGGCAGGCAUACAAAAACAGGAUCUUACUUCAGCACCAAACCCGAGUGGACAGCGACACGUAGCUCAAAGCCCACAAACACUCAGCAUCAUGGUUCUCAUCUGGACGCAGUUUGGAGUCAAGCACAAAAAUGUCAACGUCAGGUGCAAAGUUCGGGUUAUGCACCGGGGAGACAGCUCGGGAUCGUCUUCUUCAGCGGAAGGCACCAAGUCCGAGCCAGACACACCGUGCCUGUCCAUCAAGCCCAACGCAGGCAAAGACUUCUACAAAGUCUUGGGCGUGUCGCAGGAGUCCAACGAGGAUGAGAUCAAGAAGGCCUACAGGAAGAUGGCCCUCAAGUUCCACCCGGACAAGAACAGUGAGGCCGAUGCAGAGGAUCGGUUCAAGGAGAUCGCAGAGGCCUACGAGGUUCUUACCGACCCCAAGAAGAGAAGCAUCUAUGACCAGUUUGGAGAGGAAGGUCUAAAGAGCGGCAUGUCAGUGGCGGGACAAGGCAACGCCUUCCGUAACCACUUCCCCACCGACCCGCACGCCACCUUCUCUUCCUUCUUCCACGGCUCCGACCACUUCGAUAUCUACUUUGGCCACGAUUUUGACAACGAAGACGACCUGUUCAACCCCUUCAGGCGCUUCCCCUUCAGCCACGUGGGCGCCAACCAGGACGGCGGCCUGCGGCGAGGCCAGAGGCGCCUGCAGGGCAAGGCGGUGGUGCACGACCUACCCGUGACCCUGGAGGAGGUCAUGCACGGCUGCACCAAGCAUAUGAAGAUCACCCGCAGCCGCCUCAACGCCGAUGGGCGGAGCGUGCGAUCCGAGGACAAGGUCCUGAACGUGGUGGUGAAGAAAGGAUGGAAGGCGGGGACCAAGAUCACCUUCCCCAGGGAGGGCGACGAAACGCCCAACAACACCCCGGCGGACGUCACCUUCGUGCUCAGGGACACGGAGCACUCGCAAUACAAAAGAGACGGCUCCAACAUCGUGUACACGGCCAGCAUCACGCUCAAAGAGGCCUUGUGCGGCUGCACCGUCAACGUCCCCACGCUGGACAACCGCAUGAUGCCUCUGCCGUGCAGCGACGUCAUCAAGCCGGGGGCCGUGCGGCGCCUCAGAGGGGAAGGCCUCCCCGUAGCCAAGAGUCCAUCCAAACGGGGCGACCUGGUGGUGGAGUUCCAGGUGCUCUUCCCCGACAGGAUCCCGCCACAGUCGCGAGAGAUCAUCAAGCACAGCCUGGGUCAGUGCUAGCCUGAGCCGAGCCAACGCGGUGCUAAGACCACAACCGACCUCUGCUGGUGUUUGGACAAUAAUAGCACAACCACGAUGCCUGACGGACGCGGUCUUCGGUAUCUAAGGGACGUCUCCGUUGCCUUGCUCGAGGAAUGAAAAGGUUUUACUGUUCUCACUGCAGUAUCUUAUUCAAGUCUGUAUAGACUUAACAAGGGUGGUAGAAACUUGACUAUAUAUUAUUAUAUGGUGCUCAAAGGACUGCCUUUUGCAUUGAUUUAUUACAAUCGCUACAUGUACUUGUGUGCAAAGAUCUCCUUUGUACAAAAGAGCAAAACCAUUGUCUCUAAGAGAGAUUCAUGUGUCAAUUGUUCUAUUGAAUUGAUAAUAUUGUAAAUAAUCUGCAUUGGUGUUUUAAUACCUGAUACUUUAUUGGCAGCAUGGAAUAAAAGAGCUCUGACUUGAA